AACAAAUACAUCGUUGAAAGAUAGAGACGUGAUGCUGCUCACCACUCCUAUUUCCCCUCUCUGUUUUUCUCUCUACUACUUCCCACCUUUAUUGAAGUAUUGAAGAUUGGUUUUCAUGAAAGAUUAUUCACACAGUGACAAGAAGGGCUCGGGAGAUGAGGAGCUAUUAGGAUUUGCUUUGAUUUCCAAAUUCCCAAGCAAGAAUAUGUUCACAUUUCAUGGGUUCAUAGAUUCAUCAGCCUCUUAUUUUUGAUCUUGGCUUUUUAAAACAAACAAAACUCAUGUCCACAAAUUGUUAAAUUUAAAAUAUAAAUACCCUUUCAUAUAGUUUUGUCCGUGCAAAGCAG